UUUUUGAAUCAAAAUAUAGCUUUUCAAAUUUAUUCAGGAUUAAUUUUAACUUUCGUUAGUGAGCAACGCAGAAAUAAAAAGUAGCGCGAAAAGUGUCGUUGACCUCGUCACAUAGAAAUAUUAGAUAUUCGGUUUUGCGGUAAGUUCGUUGAAACGAAGGAGAGGGGAAUCUGAACUAAUCUGAUCCUGGGUUUUACUGUACCAAUGGCUAUUUCGCAUACUUUAGGGACUGACUCACUUGUUAGUCAUGCCUUCAAUAGAGAUGGUACAGAGCUCGCCCUUUCUGUCAAUACUAGUGACGUUUACUUAUUGAGUGUUCCGGAAUCACCCAGUGGAAGGUUUCAGGUUAUCGAUGUCCUACGGGAACAUAGUGCUUUGGUUACAAGUAUAGACUGGGCACCACAGACAAACAGGAUUGUUUCAUGUUCUGCUGAUCGUAAUGCCUACGUGUGGAAUAAGCAGUCAGAUAAUAAAUGGAAGCCAACACUGGUUUUGCUCAUGGUACGUUGUAUCUAACAAGUUUUGUAUACCCGUCAAAUUUAUUCUCAAGAUCGAUAGAGCUGCAGUGUGUGUAAAAUGGUCUCCAUUAGAGGACCGUUUUGCUGUGGGUAGUGGCUCCAAACUUUUGGCAGUGUGUUGGUUUGACGAAGAAAGUGAUUGGUGGAUCGGCAAAAAGAUUAAAAAGCCUAUAAGAUCUACCGUCACGUGUAUUGAUUGGCAUCCGAAUAAUGUUCUUCUAGCUUGUGGGUCAAGCGAUUUUCACACGAGAAUAUUCUCAGCCUUCACAAGCUCUGGCCCUUCGGAAUCAGUGUGGGGCAAACACACCCCUUUGGGUGCCGUUCUUUUUGACCAUUCGGAUGGGGAAGGUGGUUGGGUUCUGAGCGUUUCAUUUUCAGCAAAUGGAAAUAAAUUAGCAUGGACUAAGCAUAAUUCAACAAUUUUUGUAGCUGAUGCAAGUAUCAGUGCCACACCUAUUGUUACACGUUUACGAACUGAUUUCUUACCUUUCGUCAGUUGUAUUUGGAUUGGACCAUCAACUUUUGUAGCAGGUGGUUAUGACUGUUGUCCUAUGCUGUUUAGAUAUAAUGACCAAUCGAUCAGUUUUGUUCACCAGUUGGAUACUAAAAGUGAAUCUCGAUAUGGUGGAAAAGUAACAGCUAUGAAGAAAUUUCAAGAUAUUGAUCGCAUGGCUACAGCUGAUAAUACAAGCUCUCGUUUACCCACAAUUCAUCAAAAUUGCAUUAAUGAAAUUCGAAUUCUUAAAGGUGAUCGUUCAAUGGCUUCAGAACUCAGUUCAGUUGGUCGAGAUGGUAAUCUCGUAUUGUGGAACUUUCCAACAUUAUAUGAACAAAUUGCAGAUUUAAAGAUAGUUUGAUGUGUCUCAGUAAUUGCCUUAGUCAGGAGAUUUGGAUGUUCAUGCCAAACUCAGUUACAAUUUAUAUUGUGAUCACUGCGAAUGACCGCAUAAUUACCGUAAUCUUUUUUGCUAAUGAUUUUCACAAUUUGUGUGUAAACUAAGUAUUUUAUAAUCGUUUUACUUAAUUAUUCAGAAGCAGUGUUUCUUUCAUUUAUGUGGGUAUGUGUAUUUGUGUCGAUCUUUAUGUAAAUAUAAAGAACACACUAAAAGAGAGUGUAUUUUACGCCUCUGUGUAACAGUAUUCUAUUGAGCGUUGGACAUUACUUUUUCCCUCAUGUUGCUUUCAUUCAUUUUUCGAAAACCAGUACUUUUAAUAUGUGCGGAAACGUUUAUGUUAGUUGGAUAUCUUUGAUUUAUCUUACUCACUUGCUUAUAUAUAAAUGAUCGAACCUUACGAA